AAACAAGCUACCAAAAAGUCAGCCAGCAUUUCAUAACUGCCCAUAAAGAACAACAACAAUUUCACAUCAUGGGAAAAUCCAGUAAAGAUAAGCGAGAUGUUUAUUAUCGUUUGGCUAAGGAACAAGGCUGGAGGGCUCGAAGUGCUUUCAAACUGAUGCAAAUCGAUGAAGAAUUUAAUUUACUGGAAGGUGUUACCAAAGCAGUGGACUUGUGUGCGGCUCCAGGAAGUUGGUCCCAAGUCCUCAGCAAGAAACUCGUGGAAAACCAAAAGGAGGGAGAAGUAGCGAAAAUUGUCGCCGUCGAUCUUCAAGCGAUGGCACCACUACCGGGAGUCAUUCAAUUGCAGGGAGAUAUCACUAAGCAAUCAACUGCGGAUCAAAUUAUUUCAUAUUUUGAUGGCGAAAAAGCGGACAUUGUUAUAUGCGAUGGUGCUCCUGAUGUGACGGGAUUGCACGAUAUGGAUGAGUAUAUUCAAGCACAACUUUUGUUAGCAGCACUCAAUAUCACAACACAUGUCCUCAGACCUGGCGGUUCCUUUGUAGCAAAGAUCUUUCGAGGAAAGGACAUUACACUCCUUUAUACUCAAUUGAAGAUCUUUUUCCCAAAAGUCACUUGCAGUAAACCUAGGAGUUCAAGAAACUCUAGUAUUGAGGCGUUUGUUGUCUGUCAAGAUUAUACUCCACCAAAGGAUUAUGUUCCCAAUAUGGGUACUCCAAUAUUAGACUUGGCUCCUACGGAUGCACAGGGCCGCUCAAACAGGACGAUUGUACCAUUUAUUGCCUGUGGCGAUCUUAGCGGAUUCGAUUCGGAUAUGACCUAUGCCUUGCCCGACACUGGAGCUGAGGACUAUAAGGUCUUGGCUCCUGUUCAAAUGCCCAUCACCGCACCGUAUCUCUCAGCCAUGGAAAAGAAACGCAAGGGCUUCUUUAAUGAACAAAUGGCCAAGAAGUAA